UUGCUUUACAAAAUAUCAACAUGUCCCGUGCAUUUUUCACUAUAUGGCCCUCGCUGGAAAAGGUUUGGACACCCUUGUUGUCUGAAGUUAGGUCAUUAUUUGGUAAAGACGUAAUCAACAACUUAAAUAAUCAGUUAAUAACGUGACAAUAACGCACAUGCACAUGGUUGAGGAUGGUCGCUGUGUGUCUACAAAGUCUACAUACAGUAUACAGUAUGUGUGUGUAUGUAGAGUUGGCAGUCCUGGGGGCUGUGAGGUUUUUCCGGCCAGACCCAGAGGCAGCCAAUGUCCCACAUACAUGUUGUGUUUCUUGGCCCAAAACAACAAGCUGACUCAGUCCACUGCCCUUCCAUGUACAUUCAGUGUGGUGUGCACUGCAAUGUUUCCACCAUGUGAACUAAAAUACAACUCGUAGAAAAGACAGGGUGAGAAUCGAGUGGGACAAUAUGUAAGCUAGGUUUGGAGCAGUAUGACCUGUAGUGUCGCUUUGUUCCUGAGGAGGCAAUGGUGAGUUAAGCAGAGUGUUUUGUUGUUUUACAUUUUUACAGGGGUUGACUUCUUUUUACACUUCUUUUUACACAAUGUUGAAACGUGAUGAGACUUCUUUAUUUUAUUACUUCUUCAAUAUCAAUAGCUGUUAAUUUAUUUUGACACUUUUAUGACAGUUUAAAGGUGUUAAAAUGUGUCUUAAAACAAAUGUUUGAUGCCAACAGUUGGACCCUGGAACAGAUUAUUUCUGUUGAUCCCAGUCAAUGGAAACAAACAAAUCAGGGUCAGGUUCACUGUGCACCUAAACAGCUGUAAUAAUAUAGUGUAUGUACGGUAUAAGGGGUUUCAUACAGCUGAUCUCUGACAAAUUUAGAAUGUUCUUCUUUUUUCAGGGCGUUUUUGUGGUUUCUGUUUUUGCCGGCGUUGCUAGGGACCAGCUUGUCAAGGUAUCGAGUCUCCAUCAUGACAGGGAUAAACAGUAAUCCCAUAAACCCACAUAUAUGCAGCCAAAGGGUAUUCAAAAUAGGCGUGUGGCUGACACCCAUCAGGAGCAGCAGUUCUUGUGCCUGUGAGUAGCGACUCUUUACACUACUGCCAUCAAGUGGCCUGGUAUGUCUAUUACAGCGAAUUAAGUCAUUUUUACAACUCCAUUAAAGGAGAUAUGACAAGUUUACGUGAAACUUUUGCAUAAACACACCUUUAUUAUGUGCAUUAAUGUCAGUAAUGAUUUUAAUGGAUUGGAUAUUGGGUUUUGACAAUUAGGGACUCACCUCAAAGUGAAGACUGCACCGUUAGGCAUUAAUAUAAGUAGAAACUAUGGGUCUACUUGCUUAAGAGCUGAAAAAUACCUUGAAACAAACUGAUCUAUGUUUUUAUGCUGCUGUUUAUAUUUUGAAGCCAUCUCCCAGUAACAUACUGUCCAGGGAAAAGGUUUUACCAAGCUGAUAAGACUCUCUAUGGUCAUAACUUGGGAGUGGCCAAGGCAGAGUUUGUUUUGAAUUACCUGGCCGUCACCUGGCCAUGUUAGAAACUCAGCCACUUUGAUGGUUUAAUUGUACAUGAUUUAUGGUACUGUGGAUGACAUCUAAUGUAAUAUAAGAAUAUGGGACACAAUGACUGCAUGGUUACAUCUCUCACAUGCUGUUUUAUCCCUUUUAAAUAAGCAAACAGUUCACGUAGCGUGCUCAGUGUAAUGAUUUGUAAUUGCAGUCAGAGCAGAGGGCAGCAAGCUUUACUGAAAUAAGUGGAUGGUUUUCUGCUGCUAGCUAGUGGCCAUUUUGUCACAUUACAACUUGUAACAGUUUGUGAGGUACAGUAUUCUGUGUGGACUCGAGUCACAUUUUUUGAUUACCUCGGACUCGACUUGGCAAUAUCAUGAAAGAUUUGCAACUCAACCAAUCUAAUACUUGAGAUUUUGAGUAAGUGUGUUCAGUAAAAAACUAACCUGACUGUUAUGGCAUUUGCAGCAAGACAAAAAAUGUCCCCACAGAAUCUGCCUCAUCUUUUAACGUCCAUUCAGGUUUAAGAACAAACAACGAGGGUGUGGAUUACAUUUCUGUGAGAGCCAGACAGACAGCUGGAGAGUCGCAGUGAUUAACACCGGGAUGUGUCAACAUCCUACCGAGGAUCGUUUCAUUUCAUUUGCAUAUUCCACAGUCAUAAACAAACGAAUGAAUUGCUGUGUGCAAAACCUGCAGUAUGAGAAUAACACACGGCACGGCGGAAUAUUAGGGCCACAUUGGGAAAAAAAAUCUGAGAUUUUGAGAAUAAAGUCGUAAAUUUGCGAGAAAAAAAUGUCUAGCCCUUCUCACUUCCGCCUUCCUUACCCCGCCCCCUCUAAAUGCCGGUCACAUAUCCCCUUUUCAUAGCUGUUUCAGAAGGUACGUUUCAAAGUUAGUGCCCUCCGGGCCGGCACUGACACUAGGCUGACAGCAUCAACUGAAGUAAACAUUUAAAUGUAAAAAUAAUAAAUUGUGUGAUUAGGCUUUGAUUUGUAAACUAUAUGCAAGCAGUGUUUGCAUGUGCAUGAGUACAGUGGUUGUUGUAUUUGUUAAUGGGGGUCCUAUACCUGCAUAGAUUUGCAGCUGUGUCACUAUCACAGCACCGUAGUGUCUUAUUUAAUUUUUUAACUAUACCCCUAUCAUUUUGUGCAGUACUGUGUAUACAAUCAUAUUAGCGGCACUGCACUGCGUGGCCGAGGCGGGCCUUUGCCACAUCCUACUUUGUGAUUGGCUCACUUUGCUCACCUCCAGCCAAUCACAUUGCUGCUAUGUGUCCGCACGCCUCAUCACUACCAUGGCGGAACACGGAUCAGGAAUUCCGCCUGUGUGACGAUGACAGCGUCGUUAAACUGCCGCCAACAGGGAUGAACGCACCGGGUUGGAUCAGACUUGUUGCCGGGUGACGAGUGUCGCCUUUAUGUUUAACUUAAAAGCGGCCUUAGAGCAACUUUGACCAUUUCCCCCUGCUUCCUGGAAGAUCAUCAGUGUUGGGCCAGAAGAAGCGUAAAGUGCUCGUAUGGAUGCCUCGAGUUGGUGCUUUGUUUUGUUUUUUUUCACACAGGGAUAAACACUUUCUUUGUAUGUGAUGGAUUUUUUGGACGAUGUGUCUCAUGGACUGGCGAACUUGUCCAUGUUUCCCUACUUUGACAUGGCGCACUACAUUGUGUCCGUCAUGGCUCUGAGGGAGCAACCAGGUAAGCUCAGGGGCUCUUCAGGUGUCCCGGGUCAGCCCGCUAGCCUGCUGGUUCAGCUCCAUGCUCUACUGCUUCGGCGGCGCCGUGCUCUCCGGGAUUAUGCUGGCGGAACCGCCCGUGGCACCCUUAUCCAACGGCACCACGGUCCUCCUCGCUUCACUCAUCUGGUACUUGGUGUUCUACUGCCCCUUGGACCUUGUGUAUGGCUGUGCGGCCCUGCUACCUCUCCGCUUGGUUCUGUCGGGAAUGAAGGAAGUGACGCGCACAUGGAAAGUGCUGGGGGGUGUCACUCAGGCCCACAGCAAGUACAAGGACGGCCUGCUGGUCAUGAUUGCCAUCGGGUGGGCCAGAGGAGCUGGGGGCGGUCUUAUCAGUAACUUUGAGCAGCUUGUUCGAGGAGUGUGGAGGCCAGAAACCAAUGAGCUCCUUAAAAUGUCCUACCCCACCAAGGUCACCCUGAUAGGGGCGGUACUGUUUGCUCUGCAGCAGACCCACUACCUGCCUCUGCAUAAGCACCACCUGAUGCUCAUCUACACGACCUUCAUUGUCGUCAACAAGACGAGGAUGAUGCUGACCGGCUCUGCGGCGUCACCCUUCGCCACCAUCGAGUCGGCAAUCUACAAGACGCUCUUCACCGGCUUCUCCCCGUACGCCACCCUUGCCGUGGAGGUCAGGAAGGCGUCGGCUAGCAACGGCGCAGGGAGCGCGCUCACCAAAGAGGCCUGCGAGAAUAGGCCCGCCAACAGCACAAGCGGAUCGCUUAAAACCAAAAACGAAAGGCAGGCGGGGGAGAGCUGCAAAAAGACUGACUGAGCCCUUGGAUGUCUUUUUGUCCUCCUUUGAGUAUUUAUCAUAAAAGUUGUUGAAACUGAUCCAGUCGAGCCUGCACCUUAUUUUGGGGCUCAUCCUGACGGUACUGUGAUGUUAUGAUAUCAGGUCUAAAAAUCACGUGUCUUAUUUUUUAAAAAGAUAUUCAUAUAUAUAUAUUUAUAAUCAGAAACGAUGCUUUUAUCUCUUGGGGAACAAUGCUGUGCACCUGCUGCUCUAUGAAUGGCUUCUUAUGUAAAUAUUCUGCCUUGUGAAAAUGCUAUUUUUCCUACUCUGCAGUGGGGGACGAUGGUUUUCAAUGACUUGACAUUGAAUCAUUUUUUAAAUUGUAUUUAUAUAGAAAAGAUAAUUGCACUUGCGAAAGUGGAGAAAAUCUUUUUGGGUUUGCUUGAAUGCUUUGAAUCGUAAAUGAAGCCUUAAAUUCACUUGCCUGCUGUCAAUAUUCCCGCGUGUACACAGCACUUGAAUGUGAACGCUUCACUUUAAAUAAGAUUCCUUGUCCCGAAAGGUUAUUCGUGCUUGGUUUUCUUGCAUCAGGUUCUGCAUAUGACAAUAAAAGAAACUUAUCCAAGCUCGGUUUCUGA